CCGUUAAUUCCUUUGGCCUUUAGACUCAGACAACGACAAACACAGACACGUUUCCCCCCAAUACACAAGACACACAGCCAGAGAGCUCAGAAAUGGCGUCCUUCGACGACAACGACGACGGUUACAUUGGCUACGACUACGCUGGGGACCCACCGCCUAUUCCCUCCGGUGACCUGAACACCGACCAUCACGACAGCUCCAAUGGUUACAACGACGACGUUUACGGGAUCCCUGCUCCUACCGACCCGGACUACGGUUCUCCCUUCCAGUCCGCUGCUAUUGGAGAUGAUGACGUUGAUGAUGGCGGACCUUUUGUUCCGGACGGCCCCGUUUUGCCACCGCCUGAGGCGAUGCGAGAGGAAGGGUCCAAGCUGCGCGAGUGGAGGCGUCAAAAUGCCAUCCAUCUCGAAGAAAAGGAAAAGAGAGAGAAGGAGUUGCGAAAUCAAAUUAUUGAAGAAGCUGAAGAGUAUAAACGAUCCUUUUAUGAAAAAAGGAAAUUGAAUUGUGAAACAAAUAAGACUAACAAUAGAGAAAGGGAGAAGCUUUACUUGGCUGACCAAGAGAAGUUCUACAAAGAAGCCCACAAGCAUCACUGGAAAGCAAUAGCAGAGAUCAUUCCACAUGAGGUCCCUAACAUUGAGAAGAAGCGAGGGAAAAAGGAUGCUGACAAGAAGCCUUCGGUUAUUGUCAUUCAGGGUCCAAAGCCCGGGAAACCCACAGAUCUUUCAAGAUUGCGGCAGAUUGUCUCAAAGCUAAAACAAAAUCCUCCCCCACACAUGAUGCCUCCCCCACCCACACCUGUCAAAGAUGGUAAGAACCCGAAGGAAGGGAAGGAUGCCAAGAAUGGGAAAAGUCCCACGCCAACUGCAACAGUAGCUGCUGCAGGAAAUGCAUCUGCUUCACAUGCAAAAGAUGCUGCAGCUAAUGUUGCUUCUGAUCCUUCCAAACCAGAGGCUGCUGCAGCUGCUGAAGGUGAGCAGGCUGAUCAAGUUGUUGAAAUGGAUCCAGCACCUGCUAAGUGAUGACACCACGAAUUUUCUUUUAUUAUUAACUUCUUUGUUCACUUAAAUCUAUUUAGUUUCUCUGCUUCACAUUUGUGAGGUUGAAAUAAGAACGACCAUCUGUAGAUGCAGUAGAGUCUGUCAGAUGGCUGUGGACGGUUUUCUUCCUAACCCUUAUUUUUUCCAACAUUAGGUAACAUGCAAAAUUGGGAGAGCUUAUCUAGCUAUAUAAUCUCUCCCAAUUUACACCUAUACUUUAUAGGUUUGUGGAUUUGCUUUGGAUGCAUGCUAUUGUCUUUAAUUGCU